AUGGACCGGGCCGUCCCAGCUGACGAGGAAGGCCCCCGGAUGUUCUACUCUCAUACGGAUGCAAUACACCAGUACAACGCCGUCAUCAAUAUUCUCAGGUAUGGCGGCCUCUUUAGGGUGCGUGCGGAGACAAACAGGUGGACAGUUCUGUGGUCUUUGCAUCCCACACCAGAUCAGCUCCGGCGAUUCAGUCCCGUCCAGCGCGCGAACCACUUCCCCGGCUCGUUUCACCUGGGCAGAAAGGACCUGAUCUGGAGGAAUCUGGCAAAGAUGCAGCAACGAUUCGGGAAAGAGUAUCAGAUUACCCCGCAGGGCUACAUUCUGCCCAAGGCCUUCCUUGCCUGGGACGCUGCUCGGCUGCGGCAGCCGGAAGCUCUCUGGAUCUGGAAGCCUUGCAGUCAAAGCUGCGGCCGCGGGAUCAUGGUUUUCAGCUCCGACGUCCCUAAGGAUCAGAUGAAAGAGAUGUCCAAGAAGCGUGGUAUCAUCCAGCGCUACAUCCCCAAUCCGCUGCUCAUCGGCGGGCGCAAGUUUGACAUGCGCAUCUACGUGGUGGUUCUGUCGUACGAUCCUCUCAAGGUGUACGUUAACGACGAGGGCCUGGUCCGGUUUGCCACGGAGCAGUAUUCGGAAGCCGUGGACACGCUCCAGUCCAGGACGCCAACGGCGUUGUGCUCGAUCUGCAAGAGCCACGACCAUCAAUAG